AUGUCCGGUGGUAAUCCAUUCCAGAAUUUACUGAAGGAAAUUAACGUCAAUGGAGACACAUUCCAUUACUUCGACAUUGCCUCGUUCCCAGAGUUCCGGGAAUUGCCGUACAGUGUGCGAGUGCUGUUGGAAUCGGCCGUCCGGAACUGCGACAACUUCCAGGUGCUGGAGAAGGACGUGCGUGGCAUCCUGCGAUGGAAGCAAACCAAGGGUACACCUUCGUCGGACGACGAGCUGGAGAUUCCAUUCAAGCCGGCCCGCGUAAUCCUGCAGGACUUUACCGGAGUGCCGGCGGUGGUGGACUUUGCAGCAAUGCGAGACGCAGUGCUGAAACUCGGUGGUGAUCCGGAUCGCAUCAAUCCGAUCUGCCCAUCUGAUCUCGUGAUCGACCAUUCGGUGCAGGUGGACUUUGCGCGCAGCGAAGACGCGCUGGCCAAGAACCAGGACCUCGAGUUCGAGCGCAACCGGGAGCGGUUCACUUUCCUGAAGUGGGGCGCCAAAGCGUUCAACAAUAUGCUCAUCAUUCCGCCCGGUUCGGGCAUUGUACAUCAGGUCAACCUGGAGUAUCUGGCACGGGUGGUGUUCCAGGAUGCAAGCAAAUCUAAGGAUGGCUCAAUGCGAAUGCUCUACCCGGACAGUGUCGUCGGUACGGACUCGCACACCACCAUGAUCAACGGGCUGGGCGUGGUCGGGUGGGGCGUCGGUGGAAUCGAAGCCGAGGCGGUGAUGCUUGGUCAGGCCAUCUCAAUGCUGCUGCCAGAGGUUAUCGGAUACAAGCUGGUAGGCAAAAUGAGUCCGCUCGUGACGUCGACCGAUCUUGUGCUGACGAUCACAAAACACCUCCGCCAGAUCGGGGUUGUGGGUAAAUUCGUCGAGUUCUUUGGUCCCGGGGUCAGCGAGUUGUCGAUUGCUGAUCGAGCGACAAUCAGUAACAUGUGUCCGGAGUAUGGCGCGACCGUCGGUUAUUUCCCAGUCGAUAAGAACGCGCUCGAUUACCUCCGUCAAACGAAUCGUUCCGAGGAGAGAGUGCGCGUGAUCGAGGCGUACCUCAAAGCGACGGAUCAGCUGCGGGACUUCGGCAACGCCGAGCAGGAUCCCGUGUUUACGCAGAUCGUCGAACUAGACCUUGCCAGUGUGGUGACUUCAGUAUCGGGUCCCAAACGGCCGCACGAUCGCGUGGCAGUAAGCGAGAUGCAGCACGACUUCCGCCAGUGUCUGAUCAACAAGAUCGGGUUCAAGGGUUUCGCCGUCCCGGAGGAGGAACUCAACACCGAGGGCAGCUUCAACUGGACCGACGGAAAGACGUACUCGUUGCGGCAUGGCUCGGUUGUUAUCGCGGCCAUCACAUCCUGCACCAAUACGAGCAACCCCUCAGUGAUGCUGGGAGCUGGUAUGCUGGCCAAGAAAGCCGUGGAAGCAGGCCUGAAAGUUGCACCGUACAUUAAGACGUCCCUGUCGCCAGGUAGCGGAGUGGUCACGUACUAUCUGAAGGAGUCAGGCGUCAUUCCUGCACUUGAAGAGCUGGGAUUCAACGUUGUCGGAUACGGAUGCAUGACGUGCAUUGGCAAUUCGGGUCCGCUCGAUGAUAACGUCGCGAAUACUAUCGAGAAGAACAACCUCGUGUGUUGUGGCGUGCUGUCCGGGAACCGCAAUUUCGAAGGUCGUAUUCACCCUAACACACGCGCAAACUACCUCGCCAGCCCGCUGCUAGUGAUAGCGUACGCACUCGCUGGUACGGUCGAUAUCGAUUUCGAGAAGCAACCGCUUGGCCAGCGUGCCGAUGGAUCAAACGUGUUCCUGCGCGACAUUUGGCCUUCCCGUCAGGAGAUUCAGGCCGUCGAGAAGCAGCACGUGAUCCCGGCCAUGUUCCGGGACGUGUACGAAAAGGUCGAACUCGGAUCACCGGCCUGGCAGGGAUUAAACGCACCCACGGGCAAGCUCUAUCCGUGGGACACCGCCUCGACCUACAUCAAGCGUCCGCCGUUCUUCGAGGGCAUGACCCGCGACCUGCCCACAAUCGCUAACAUCGUGAACGCACGAGCUCUGCUGAACCUGGGCGAUUCCGUCACGACCGAUCACAUCUCACCGGCUGGAUCGAUAGCCCGCAAUAGCCCAGCAGCGCGGUUCCUCUCCGACCGAGGUCUGACGCCGCGGGACUUCAACUCGUAUGGUUCACGCCGUGGAAACGACGACAUCAUGGCCCGAGGCACGUUCGCCAACAUCCGACUGGUGAACAAGCUGGUGGCCCGGGCUGGUCCUCGCACGCUUCACAUCCCAAGUGGCGAAGAGAUGGACGUGUUCGAUUGUGCCCAGCGUUAUGCCACGGAUGGAACGCCGCUGAUUGCGCUCGUAGGAAAGGACUACGGUAGUGGCUCGAGCCGCGACUGGGCCGCGAAGGGCCCGUACCUGCUCGGUAUUAAGGCGGUCAUUGCUGAGUCGUACGAACGCAUCCAUCGUUCCAAUCUGGUCGGAAUGGGCAUCGUGCCGCUGCAGUACCUUGAUGGCCAGAACGCCGAUAGCCUCGAACUGACGGGACGAGAGUUGUUCAGCAUUGCGCUACCGGCGAACUGCAAGCCGCACGAGCGGAUCACCGUCAACACCGAUUGCGGCAAGCAGUUCCAGGUGAUCGCGCGUUUCGACACUGAGGUCGAUCUUGAGUACUUCCGCAACGGAGGCAUCCUCAACUACAUGAUCCGGAAAAUGAUCGACUAAGAUCUGGUUCGAAAAGCUAGGAUGAGCACGUUUUAUGCUGCAAUUUUCCAUUUUGCGAUAUUUUUACGAACAACUUUUUGAAACUUUUUUGAAAUUUGUUAAAAAAAAAGAAGCUAAAUACUUCAUGUACUCACGAAACGGCAAUAAAGAGAGCCUCGAAGGCUGGUUUUUG